AGGAAUUUAUAUGGUGGUUCAUUUGUUCAUAACACUGAAUGGGCAGGCUCAUAUCCUGAAACUUUUCCCUGCCUGGGAAUCAAUCGGCUGGAAUUAUUGUCUCACAAGGCCCAAUCUUUUGGCUUCAGGAUCAAUGAUUCCCUUUGCAGGAGCUGUCGUUGCCAAUUUGGUUAGAGAUUCUGAUAAAUUGGCCAUGGGCACUUUAAAAGUUGCUAUCCAUAUGUGUGAUCUAGAUGCCAUAUGCCUGCCCUUUGAAGAAUCAGCCGCUUUUGAGGUACAUGGCAUGCUCCAAGCCAGGCCUAAACAAGAUAUGUCUCAUCUUAACUGUGAUGUGGCUUGUGAGAUUCCAACUGGUCUACUUUUCACCAGCAUUGGAGUUUCCAGCGGGACUCAAAUUUUGGAGAUGCGGUUCCUUCACACAAUUGCUGCCGAGGUGGUUUCAACUAAUCAAUUCACAGCCAGUUGUGUUCAUGGCCAAAGAAGCAAAUGCUGUCUCAUCUGCAUCAAAAGAUUUUGGUUUUCAGCAACCCUCUGGCACGUUUCUUCGCAGUCAGAUCGGUUACUCGCAUAUAUCAAAUUGCAAUUUCCUUCAAAAGUACUCUGGAAAUCAAGUAACCAACAUCACAAUUGCAUAAUGUAGAGUUAGAUUUAUUUCGAAGUUGUAAUUGCCCCUAGCUUGUGCGGCUGUUUCUUGAGCUCCAGUCCAGUCUCUGCAACCUUGUUAGCAUCCAGAGGCUGGAUGGCAGCUUGUUUCUUGCGUCAAAAAGUGUAGAAUUGUUUCUCUCUGCUAAAAUCGGAGCAACAGGACGCCCAACGAACCAAAUGUUCCAUCUGAUAAUCCAUAAUAGAUUUUUUUUUUUUUGGUCUUUGUUUUCAAUUUUAAAACUUCCAAAACCAUUUCUAGACAUUGUUCUACCUCACUCCGAAGAAAUAUAUAU